CGACCACCUGGGAAGGCGGGGCAAAGAGCAUGUUCAACUGAAAGAACUGUGUACCGAGGUGAAAGCAGGUCCAUUACCAUUAGAUUCGUCUUUGGAGCAACUCAAGGAGGUCCGGAGAAGAAAAAAUGGCAGAUGCACUGGAGGAGCUAAGGCAGCAGUGUCUGAGCAGAGGAGCAGCUGGGAUCAAAGGGCUGGGAAGGACCUUCCGCAUCAUGGACGAUGAUGGUAGUAAGUCUCUGGACCUGCAGGAGUUUCAGAAGGGGCUGGAGACGUGUGGCGUGUGUGUCAGAAAUGAAAAGGCCAAGCAGAUCUUCACCAUACUGGACAAAGAUGGAAGUGGCACCAUUGACUUCAACGAGUUUUUGGAGAAACUAAGGCCCCCAAUGUCUAGUGCCAGAAUGCAGGUGAUCAAACAGGCCUUCCAGAAGCUGGACCGCACUGGUGACGGGGUGGUGACCAUGGAGGACUUGCAGGGAGUAUACAAUAGCAAACAUCACCCCAAGUAUAAGAGCGGCCAGUGGACUGAGGAGCAAGUGUUCCUCUCUUUUCUCGAAAGCUUCGAUUCACCAUACGAGAAAGAUGGAAAGGUCACUCUGGAGGAGUUUGUGAACUACUACAGCGGGGUCAGUGCAUCCAUUGACAGUGACGACUACUUUGUGACCAUGAUGCAGAAUGCAUGGAAACUCUAGUCUCCACAGCUUGCACUGGUUUGAUUGAAAGCUACAGUUGUGAAUCCUGCUCACUCUGCUCAGCUGUUCACUUUGCUUAAGAUUUUUGAUAAGAUCCUUAUUUGUAUUAGAAAUGAUACAGAGUGCCAUAUCUGUACAUUUUGGGGAAGGAGUUAAAAUAAAGCUUUUGGAAAAUAAGCAGUUAAUGCAGAAAUUUUAAUUUGAAGGUAGUGCUUAAAAUGCAUUGGUGCUGCUGUUUAUGGUGCAUGCUUGAAAAAAUAAACCAUGCCUGUAAGCUUUUA